CACGGGGGCGCCCUCGAAGGCCCAGGGAAAGCCAGGCCAAAAACCGAUGCAAUUGCCUGCCCGAAAUAGUGUUGGAACGGCAGCCUUUGAGCCCAUUGAAAAAGUGCUUUUGGAGGAAUCAUGUAGUGAGACUUCGCCAUAAGACAAAUGAGGAUGUAAGUUUGAGCAGCCUUCAGGAGCGAGGAUGGAGCAGUGGUUGCUGAGUGAUGUCCUUGAGUGCUCCGUUUGCCUGGAACAGUUGGAUUCCUCUUCCAGGGUCCUUCCUUGCCAGCACACCUUCUGCAGAAGAUGCCUCCUCGACAUUGUUCAGAAUCUAAAGGAACUAAGAUGCCCAGAAUGCCGCGUGCUAGUAGAGGUGCCGGUGGACGAACUUCCGCCAAAUAUCUUGCUGAUGCGAAUCCUAGAGAGCAUGAGAAGUGCCACUCUCAAGGAGCCCGCAAAGGCGCCCCAUGCCGGCCCCACUCACGGCCAGCCUCCGGGGAGAGCGGACCCCUUUGAUGGUCCACCUCUCACUCAAGCUCCACCUCCUCCAUCCCUGCAACACUACAACUCGUCCUCCUCCGCGCCCUUCUCGGGACCCUUCCACGCGGCCUCAGAGGCGCUGCCGUCUUCAGGAGGGCGCUUGGUCGGUUUCACCGGAGGAGGCACCGGAGCCGGGGAGUCGUACGGAGGGAACAGCGUCGUUAGUGCUGGGUACGGAGGCUUGGCAGGGGGUAACCCAGGAGGCCUGGGCUUGUCGAGCUGUCCCCCACUUCAGGGUCUCAGUAACUCUUCAACACUGGGAGUCUCUACCUCAGCAGCAUCUCCUGCUACACAGUCAUCCUCCUUGCCUAAUGUAGCUCAUCACAGACUGCCAUCAACUCUACAGCCAUGUGCAAAAGCCCUGUACAACUAUGAAAGGAAAGAGGCCAGGGAUCUCAGCUUCAAGAAGGGAGAUGUGAUUAUUCUCCGCAAGAAGAUUGAUGCCAACUGGUACCAGGGAGAGUUAGGUGGCCAGAUUGGCUUCUUUCCAGCAUCUUAUGUGCAGGUCAUUACACCACUACCCAGUCACAUCCCUCAGUGCAAAGCUCUCUAUGACUUCAAAAUGACCAAUGAUGAAGAAAGGGAUUGCUUAACCUUCAGCAAGGGAGACAUAAUCACAGUGUUACGAAGAGUGGAUGAAAAUUGGGCCGAGGGAAAGCUCAACUCUCGCAUCGGGAUCUUUCCACUGUCCUUUGUGGACCUAAACAGCGCCGCCAAAGCACUCAUGAAGCUUUCCCUAAAUGCACAACAAGGUCCCUCGCGUGUUGCUCCUCCAACCCCCACUAGCUUGGAGGGCGAGCCCCCCACACCCCUCAUCCUCAGUGAGGGCAAUGGGAGUGGUCCCCCCUCCGCCCAGGCUCCUCCAGUCCCUCACCCAGAGUCCUCCUCUUCGUCAUCCUCGGCCGUGACCAGCCCGGACCCCUCCCUGCCUUCCCCCACCUCCAGCCCUGCAUCCCCACCUAACAUUGGGCCCUCACCCUCUUCCUCCUUAGUUUCAUCCGCUGUGGUCCCUCUCCUGCGGGGGCCUAACAUGCGCCACCAGCGGGAGAAGCGGCACAGCUUCACAGGUGUGCGCACCCACAACCCCAGCCCUCCGCGGUCUCCUGCUUCCCCACACAGGCAUUCUUUAGAAAUUGUCAGCCCAACCGAUGAGCCAUCUUCUCAUGGUGGGAAUUCAGGGCCAACUGGCUUGGGUGCUGGAGGCCCAGGCAUUGCAUCAGGCAGUGCUGAAGAGGCCCAAGAGGUGCAUGGGAAUGGCGAGCCAGCCGGAGACUCCUUAGGGUCCCCAAGAGUCAGAUCAGGAACUGCCUCCUCUACCCAGUUGGGGUUAUCCUCAUCAGCACCUCAAGUAUCUGUCACAACUUUCUAUGUGGCGCUUUACUCAUACCGGGGACGCAAAGCAGAUGAGUUGGAGCUAAGGAAAGGCUACAUAUACACAGUGACAGAAAAGUGCCAAGAUGGAUGGUAUAAAGGUCGCUGUAUAACAACAGAUAGAGCAGGAGUCUUUCCUGGAAAUUACGUCCAAGUUGCUAAACCACAGACAAUAGCUGCCUACCUGGCCAAGCGCAAUGCUCGGGGGUCUUCCAGCCACAACCGCAACAACAGCACAGGGGGAGGCACCUUGGGUCCUAGUAACGGUGGAAGUGGAAGCAGCACCCUCCCCUCGGGUGUGGUUAGCUACACACGGCCUAGAGCAAGCCCGGGUGGUGGAGCAGACGGCAGGCAUGCUGAAGGUUCCCGUGGUGUCUCAGGAAGCAGUAGCCCCCCCUCCUCCCUUCCUCCCGAGCUGCCUCCCAGAUCAGUGAGUUCUUCCAUUGAAAGCUCCGGCCAUCGCUCAACGGGCCACACAGCCUCCUGGCACGCAGCGUCGCCCUCGUCGCAAGGUUUCUCCACAAGUCAUAGAUCUGUAAGUGGGUUAAGCAAUGCUGUUUCACCUCCACCAAAUGUAGCCCUAGGGGAGAGUGGAACUGCAGCUGCCGGAAUGCUGUCUCCAUCAAAGACUGACAAGAGAGCUGGAAAGGAGAGAUGCAGUGGAAGCAGUAGUGGCAUAAGUCUAAUGAGAAAGUUCACAAGUAGUGGCAAGAAGAAAAGCAAAUCUCCGCCUCCUUCGUAUUCCAUGGACAACCCUGUUUUCGAAGACUCAACCGUCACCUCCAACAUGCAGCAUGUGCACACUAGAACUGGAAGCAACCCAGACACAAGUGCGGUUGGUGUCACUCCUUCAUCUCUUCCUACACCAUCUCCACCGACAUCUGUCCAAACCACAGCAGACAUCCCAUCGGAAGCACCUCGACGCGCAAAACAACCUGCUCCCCUAGUCCGUGGGAGGUUCCGUUGCAUAGUACCAUACCCACCAAAUAGUGAAUACGAGUUAGAACUGCAGCUUGGAGACAUCAUAUACGUGCACAAGAAACGAGAAGAUGGCUGGUACAAGGGGACUUUGCAGCGUACUGGCAAGACUGGUUUGUUUCCAGCCAGUUUUGUAGAAUCUUGUUAGCUCAGAUAAGCUCUUUUUUUCUAUCAGAUCCAUUUCAAAGGAUAGCAACUCAUUUAACUGAAGAAGACUUACAGAGAGGAUAGCUCUGUACAUGCCAAGACUUUCUAGAUGUUGGAGAGCGGUUUUGAUACUUUUCUAAAAGCUGACGGAAUAAACGCUUUACAGUUAGCAUUUUUUUUUUCCUUUUUAAGAUGGAAUGGCUCAGCAACUCUGUACUUUGAAUUGAGAGUAAAUAGCCUCUAGGGACUGAUAUUUCAAACAUGUUACAAGCUGAUGAGAGCUGAAGUACAUGCCAUUAAUUCAGUUAUGUCUUGAGGUCUGUUCUUUUUGUGUUGAUAUUGUUGGCCAUGAU